AUGGCGGAAAUUUCGCUGCUUCCCAGCAGAUACGCGAAGAACAAAACUCCGACCAAUUUCAAACUUUAUGCGGCAAACAAUUUGCGUAUAGACACGUAUGGAGAGUCGUUCCGAACGCUACAUUUAAGGAUACGCCCGCUCACAUGGAAUUUCUGCAUAGCAUCAGUUCCGAACCCAAUUAUUGGGGCCGACUUGAUUGCACAUUAUGGUCUCCUUCUGGAUCUUAAGGGUCGCAGACUCAUCGAUCUUCAAAACAAUGUGUACGUGUCGGGCAUUGUCAAAUCGGUAUCACAGCUUGCCAUCAGCACGGUCAAUCCCAGUACGAAAUUCGCGAACAUUUUAUUUGAAUUUUCGAAGGUCACCAGUUUAGAACAGGCAACUCCGAAUUGCAGCAGCGAUAUUCGUCACAUCAUUAGUAUGGGUCCGCCGGUAGCCGAGCAUCCCAGGCAGUUAAGUCGAUAA